GUAUUUUCUUGUUCAUUCUUUCAGUUUGUGAAUGCUGUCGAGGAAAUGGAGAAAUCCAUUUUAGUUCCGCAAAGUUUACAUGACAUGGCACUGUCAAAAAGUGGCGGUAAUCCUGUUCCAUCAGGCAAUGGAAUCGCUUUAGAGAAAAGCCUUUAUGAAGCAUUCAAUGCGCUGAAAAAUGUGAAGAAUGUUGUCCUAACAGGUAGGCUACAGCUGAACCUUAUAUUCAUUGAUUUUAUAACCGCAAUUUUUAAACCAAGGAAAUGCAUAUAGUGUAGGUUUCUGGUAAGGCUUAGUGUCUUCAAUUCAGAGGAAAAAUUAUGACUUUCAUUUUACGUAUCCCCACCCUCCAUUUUCCAACAAAUCAGAAAAAAAAGAUGAUUCAAUCGGAAUACUUUACAUUGUGAAAUGAAUAUGAAUUUGCUUGUAUGUGGUAUUUAACCAAUUAAUCGAUAGGGUCUUAGCUGAUCUCGAUCUCGUCCCCUGUCGCCAUCAAUCAUCUUGCAUUAAUUGAUAGCCUGAUCAAGACUUUAUAUCGUGCACGUGCGACAAUUAAUUAAUCGAUUAAACGUUCAUUUACCUGGCUACAAGACCACGAUUGACAGCAACAUUUCCUUAUGUCUUUCAAUUCUGAAACAGGUCACUCCUUGGAUGAUAAAAGCGACGGGCACCCGAUCAGCAGUGAAUUGCAAUCUCUAACAAACUCCUUGGAGGUAAUGACUGACCUGGCCAACAACCUUACCGCCGAAUAUAAGAAAAACUUCAACCUUCUUUUCUGA